GAACGUUUUGAUCAUGAUGAUGAUGAUGACCAUGAUGAUCAUAAAGAUGAUGCUGCUGUUGAUGAUGAUUCGGCUGAUGAUUCGCAUGAUGAUGAUGAUGAUGAUGAAGAUGAUGAUGAUGAGAUUGUGGAGGAUGAUUCGGAUGAUGAUGAUGAUGAAGAGGUUGAUGAUUAUGAUGAUCGUGAUGAUGAUGAUUGGGAAGAUGGUGAUGGUGAUGUUGAAGAUGAUGAUGAAGAUGAUGAUCUUGAUCAGAAUGACGAUGAUGAUAAUGAAGAUUAUUCGGAUGAUGAUGAUGAUGAUAUUGAUGACGAUAAUGAGGAUGUUGAUGAUGAUGGUGAUGAUGACUCCGAUGCUGAUUAUGAUGAUGAUCCUGAUGAUGAUGAUUCGGAAGAUGAUGAUGAUGAUGAUGCUCUUGAUCUUGGUGAUGAUGAUGGUGAUUCUGAUGACGAUGAUUUGGAUAAGGAUAAUGAUGAUGAUGAUGAUAAUCAAGAUGAUUCGGAUCAUGAUGAUGAUGAUGAUGAAGAUUAUGAUGAUGAUGAUGAUGAUGAUGAUGAUGAUGACGAUGAUGCUGAUUUUGAUGUUGAUGUUGACGAUGACCCUGAUGACGAUGAUUCGGAUAAUGAUAAUGAAGAUGAUGAUGUAUUUCAUGAGGAUGAUGCUGAUAUUUUUGAUGUUCACGCUGAUGAUGAUGAUGAAGAUGAUGAUGAUGAGGAUGAUGAUGAUGAUGAUGAUUAUAAUAAUUCGGAUGAUGAUGAUGUUGAUGAUGAUGAUGGUGAUGAUGUCGAAUGUGAUGAAGUUGAUGAUGAUGACGUUGAUGACGAUGGUGUUAAUGAAGAUGAUGAACUUUCUGUUGACGAUGUUGACGAUCAUAAUGAUGAUGAUUUCGGUGAGGAACCUGAGGAUGAACAUGAUGAUGAUGACACUGAUGACGAUGAUGAUGACGCUGUUGAUGUUGAUGACGAUGAUGAUAUUGAAGACGAUGCCAAUGAUGAUGAUGAUUCGGAUGAUGAUUCGGAUGAUGAUCGCGAUGAUGAAGAUGAUGCUGCUGAUGAUAAUUCGGAUGAUGAUGGGAUUAUGAUGAUGAUGAUGAUGACGAUGAUGAUCAUGAUAAUGAUGAUGAUAAUGAUUAUGAUGAUGAUGAUGAAGAUGAUGAAUUUUAAAUAUGGUGGCAAUGAUGAUGAUGAUGAUGUCGAAGAGGUUGAUGUUCAUGAUGAUGAUGUUGACGAUCAUGAUCAUGAUGUUGAAAAUGACGUUGAUGAUUAUGUAGAUGAUGAUGAUGAUGAUGAUGAUGAUGAUGAUGAUGAUGGUGAUGAUAAUUCGGAUGAUGAUAAUGAUGAUGAUGAAUUUGAUUCGAAUGAUGAUGUUGUUGAUGUUGAUGACGAUGAUGAAGAUGAAGACGAUGAAGAUGAUGUUGAUAAUCAUGUUGAUGAUAAAUCGGAUGAUGAUGAUGAUGAUGAUGAUGGAGAUGAUUUCGAUGAUUACGUUUCGAGUGAUCAUGAUGUUGAUGAUGAUAACGUUUACUGCGAUGAUUAUGAUGCUGAUGUUGAUGACAAAGUUUUUGACGAUGAUGAUGAUGAUGAUGAGGAUGAUGAUCAUAAUGAUGAUGCUGAUGAAGAUGUUUCGGAAGACGAUGAUGAUAAUGAUGAUGAGGUCGGUGAUGAUUAUUGCGAUGUUGAUGACGUUGCUUCGGAUGAUAGUGAUCACGACAGUGAUGAUGCCGAUGUUGCAGAUGAUGAUGAUGAUGAUGAUGAUGAUGCUGAUGAUGAUAUUAUUGAUGUUCAUGCUGAUGAUGAUGAUAACCAUGAUGAUGAUUCGGAUGAUGAUGAUGAUGAUUCGGAUGAUGAUUGGGAUGAUGAUUGGGAUGAUGAUCAUGAUGAUGAUGACGAUUCGGAUGAUGAUGAUGAUGGUUCGUAUGAUGAGGAUCAUGAUCAUGAUCAUGAUGAUGAUGUUGAUGAUGAUGAUGGUGAUUGGGAUAAUCGUGAUGAUCAUGAAGAUGACGGUGAUGAUGAUUAUCAUGUUGAUGAUGAUGAUGAUGACGAUGAUGAAGAUGAUGACGAUGAAAAUGAUGAUCCUGAUCAUGUUGAUGAUGUUGAUGAUUGUGACGACCAUGAUUUGGAUAAAGAUAAUGAUGAUGAUGAUGAUGACGUUUAUUUCGAUGAUGAUGAUGAUGACGUUGACGAAGAUGAAGACGAUGAAUACGAUGAUGAUGAUGACGAUAAUGAUGUUGAUGAAAACUCGGAUUAUGAUGAUGAUGAUGAUGAUGAUGAUGAUGAUGAUGAUGAUGAUGAUGAUGAUGACGACGAUGAAAAUGAUGACAAAGAUGAUGAUCUUGAUAUUGAUGAUGAUGAGGAUGAAGAUGAUUCGGAUGAUGAUGAUGAUUAUGGUGAUGAUGGAAAUGAGGAUGAUGAUGAUGAUUCCGAUGCCGAUGGUGAUGAUGAUCGUGAUGAUGGUCGUGAUGAUGAUGAUUCGGAAUAUGAUGAUGAUGAUGAUGAUGAUGAUGAUGAUGGGGAUGAUGAUGGUAAUUGCGAUGUUGAUGACGAUGAUUCGGAUGUAGGUGAUCAUGAUAAUGUUGAUGAAGAUGAUGAAGAUGAUGAUGAGGCCUAUGAACACGAUGAAUCGGAUGGUGAUGAUGAGGAGGAGGAAGAUGACGAUAAUGAUGAUGAUGAUGAUUCGGAUAUACAUAGUGAUGAUUAUGAUGAUGAAGGUGAUUCGGAUAAGGAUGAUGAGGAUGAUGAAGAUGAUGAUGAUGAUGAUGAUAAUUCGGAUGAUAAUGAUGAUGAUGAUGAUGAUGGUGAUGAUGAUGAUUCGGAUUAUGAUGAUGAUUAUGAUGAUGAUGAUUCGGAUGAUGAAGAUGAUGAUGAAGAGGAUGAUGAAGCUGAUUUUCUUGAUCACGGUGCUGAUGUUGAUGAUUGUGAUGCCGAUGAAUUGGAUAAAGAUAAUGAUGAUGAUGAUGAUGAUGAAGAUUAUCCGGAUGAUGAUGACGAUGAUGAUGAUGAUGGUGAUGAUUAUGAUGAUGUCUCGGUUGAUGAUGUUGAUGAUGAUGAUUAUCAUGAUAAGGAUGAUGAACCUGAUGAUGAUGAUUAUGAUGAAGAUGAUGAUGAUGUUAAUGAUAAUUCGGAUGAUCAUGAUGUUGAUGAUUACGAUGAUGAUGAUGAUGAUGAUGCUGAUGAUGAUUAG